UCCAGGACUGCACCAACGCCUGAGCCUGAGCCGGCUCUGUUCUGAAGGGAGCAGGUGGAGUCAGUUGUCCGAGAUGCGCAGAGCCCCCCUGCUGACUCUCACCUGCAGCAAGGAGAGUCUGCAGGGCACGUGGAAGAAAGCCUACCAGGACCACAGGAGAAAGGUCCAGGAGGCCCGGCCGCUGGUGGACUCCCACGCCCAGCCGACCCCCAGUCACCUCCACCUUAAACUUGGGAAGCUCAAGCUGGAGGAGGGCCGGCUCUCCGUCAUCACCAGGGACAACCGUCUGCUGCUGGAGAAGGUGUCGGGCAUCCUGAGGCCCCAGGCACAGACAACCAGCAGAGACGCCCACGCGCAGGAGAAAUAUCUAUGCUGUUUCCCGGAGUAUAAACGGGAGGAAAAGAGAACAGGAGCUUCGCAGAGCUCAGAGAGAAAACGAAAACGCUCUAGGGAGGAUCACAAGCUCGGAGCCUUCCUACGGCGCUCGAAGAUGGAGGGAGGACCGGGGAAGGGCCGGGACCCCCGGGCCCCGCGGCGGAGAUCCCGGACGAGGGCAGGCCCCCGCGUGAGAAGUUUUCUUUAGCAAAUGUCAAGAAAAUACUUGGAAACUAUGCUUCAAACCCAUCCUUCACUUAUUUACUUUGACUCUCUUGAAAUUCCACUUUAACAAAACAGGAAGCAGAUAAAGCCCAAGACCAAAGGGAGAUGUUAAGAUAAAAUAAAACAAAGAAAGGGAAAACAGAAGCUCCUAGAAAUAGGGCUUCCGGCAGCUACAGCCCAGAGACUGCACUUUAUUUGAAGUGUCACAGGCUUUGCUAAGUGUGGGGCCCAUGGAGCAGCCCAAGAAAGGGAGCAGCACUUGCAGUUCUGACAAAGACCAGGCCCCGCAGGGCUGGGCAGCACAUCCCAGCGUGGAGCCUCCAGGCGAGGUCAUCUGCUUUGUCUCCUGAAAAGACAGACCUGGAAACAAACACCGGCUCAGCACCUCUGGAUCCCAACUCGGAAAAUCCAGCUCCGAAGACUGCGCUCUAAUAAGCUGCCCUCGUGCCCUGUUGGGAGUUUCCAGGGCCUUGGCUUCUGUGUGCAGGACGAGGGUGAUGACAGGCACAGGGCAGAGGGACAGACACUCAGCUAUGGAUUUCCUGUCGAAAAUCCCCUUCCUGACACUGGGGCGACAGCUUUGAAUUAGCGGGACUUAUUCUGAACAGUGUGCUUCCCUUUUCCUAGACAAGCCCCUGCCUCCAUCCUUGGAAAGUUCAGGGACUUCGCACCCAGGCGGGUAGAAGGACAAAACCAAGCUUUUUGAAAACUGCAGGUUUAGGGAGGAAAUAACUCAGUUUUACAGGACCAGAAAGUUGGGAAAAGGUUCAAAAGAAACCCCCGUAGCCACCUCUGACCAGCUCUCUGAUGCCACCUCCCCAACAAAACGCCUCCCCAGGAAAACAGUCUGGCUGUUCCUCAAAAAGUAACCAUAAAGUUACCAUAUAACCUAACAAUUCCACUCCUUGGUAUAUGCUCCAGAGAAUUAAAAGGCAUGUCCACACAGAAACUUGUGCAAGAAUGUUCCGUCAACUGACGAGCAAAUAAACAAAGUGUGGUAAUAACCAUGCAACAGAAUAUUAUGCAACCCUAAGAAGGAAUAACUGCUGCAUUAUGGGUCAACACUGAAGGCGGUAUGCUCAGUGAGAGGCCAGAUAUAAACGGCCGCAUAGCGUCAGAUUCCACUUCUAUGAAAGGUCCAGCACAGGCCAGUCCAUAGACGUGCAAAGUAGAUUAGUGGCUGCCAGGGGCUGGGGGAGAAG